CAGAAUACUUAAAAAAAUCCCUAAAAAUCAAAAAGCCGAAGCAGCUGAUUUCGCUACCGCUACUGCUAUUGCUUCUGCUUUGGCGCAGUUCACCAGGGUUUCCUUUGACCCUCCCCCCCCCGAAAAAAAGAAAAACACACACGAUGUCUCGCGUGUACGUGGGUAACCUAGACCCACGAGUUUCGGAGCGGGAUCUUGAAGAUGAGUUUCGUGUCUUUGGAGUUAUUCGGAGUGUAUGGGUUGCUCGGAGGCCUCCAGGUUAUGCUUUCAUUGACUUUGAUGAUCACAGAGAUGCUGAGGAUGCCAUUCGUGAAUUAGAUGGCAAGAAUGGCUGGAGAGUUGAGCUUUCUCAUAACUCUAGAGGCAGAGGUGGACGUGGAGGCGGAGGUGGUGGUGGUGGUGGUGGUCGUGGACGGUCUGGUGGUUCUGAUUUGAAGUGCUAUGAAUGUGGUGAGCCUGGUCAUUUUGCUCGAGAAUGCCGCACACGUGGUGGUUCUGGAAGACGUCGCAGCCGCAGCCCUAGAUAUCGUAGGAGCCCAAGCUAUGGUCGCAGAAGCUACAGUCCUCGUGGACGGUCCCCAAGGCGCCGCAGUCUCUCUCCACGUGGGCGUAACUACAGCAAGUCUCCCCAAUACCGUGGUCGUGAGGAAGUGCCAUAUGCUAAUGGAAAUGGUGUAAGGGACCGCCAUCGCAGCAGGAGCUAAGUACCACAAGGAUGUAGCUUUUAUGUGAGGAGACUGAGAUCAAGAAUGUUUAGUUUGUUUGGACUUCAGUGCUACUGUUUUUAAUUGGGCAACGCCCUCAGCCUCUUGGAUUUGGAUAAGUUCGUUUCCGUUUUUCUACAUUCUACGUUGGUUUUCUUUGCUUUAUCUAUGCUAUAUAGUCCUUUCUGUUAGGAAAGAAGAAGCUUAAGAUAAUGUCUAUAAAUUUUGUUGAGAAAUCAUUCCAAGAACUCUGCUAAAAAUUCAUGCUUUUUUUUUUCUUUUUCUUUUUGUGUUGAGGUGUUUUCUGGGUCUGCCUCAGUGUUUUUCUGCUUCUACACUCCCCCGGGAUUUACUUCUUUGCUGGCUGGCUAUGGGAUCUUCAAUACUAGAUGAUUGUGGGUCCCAUUUGGCAUCAUCUCUAUUUGGCUAUUUGCUACUGUUUGAAACUUUGAAUGAAUCUAUCUCUCCAGCUCUGAUGCAACUUCACUCAAACUCUAGUGGCAUUUCUUAACUUUUUAUCUUUAAAGGAUUGAGGAGCUGCUUCAAAUGCUUCUGGCAGGUACUUAUAUCUGUUCCACAGAAGUUGAUAUGUUUUAAUGUCCUUAAAACAUCUAAUAAUUUCUUUGCAAACUUUUAAAAGAGACAACAAAAAGAAUUAGAAUGUUACAAGGAUGGACACUUCUGCUUUUUUCAACAUAAAGAAUAAGUUGGAGUUCUCUACUUGAGUUUGAAAGUUGGGAUGCUGAACUCGCCUUUCUUCAUAGUGUCUGCAUCUACAUCCAGAUGAUAUAGAAAAGAGUUUGUUUUUGAGGAAUUCUUUCUUUGUUUGUGUUGGCUCUGGGUACCUAAAAUGAGGGGUUUUCUGGGUUUUUCUUUUGGGGUUGUCUUUGUGGUAUGCCUAAAAUGGGGAGUUUUCUGGGAUGGUUAGCUUUAGCUGCAGAGCUUGAUCAUCAUAGACAGUUAUCUUCUCAAGUUAAUCAAUGGUUCUUCUACCUGGUUAUAGCAUUGGCUGCAAAAUAAGUAUAGCUGAUAUAGCUGAAGUGAAUUGCCACUUCCCUUCGGUCUCAAAUGGAACUUGCCUCGUCUAGUCGUCUGUGGUCAUUUGCAUAGGUAGAUUGAUCUUUCAUUGGUGUCCCUGAAUCUAUGUGCUAUAUGUGAGAUGGUUAUGUUGCUGGAGCAUUCCAUCACUGAAUGUAAAACACUGAAGCAAGUGUAGGAAACGUUUAUUUUUGGUGUUA